AUGGUACAAUCUGCUGUCUUAGGGUUCCCAAGAAUUGGUCCAAACAGAGAAUUGAAAAAAGCUACUGAAGGCUACUGGAACGGUAAAGUCACUGUCGAUGAAUUGCAAAAAGUAGCUAAGGAUAUCAGAGCUUCCAAUUGGAAAUUACAAAAAGCUGCUGGUGUCGAUAUCAUCCCUUCCAAUGAUUUCUCUUUCUACGAUCAAGUGCUAGAUUUGUCUCUCUUAUUUAAUGUCAUCCCUGACCGUUAUUCCAAGUAUCAAUUACCUUCUUUAGAUACCUAUUUUGCCAUGGGUAGAGGUCUACAAAGAAAAGCCACUGAAACUGAAAAGACUGUAGAUGUUACCGCUCUAGAAAUGGUUAAAUGGUUCGAUUCUAACUACCAUUAUGUCAGACCAACUUUCUCCCAUUCUACUACUUUCAAAUUAAAUGGUCAAAAGCCUGUUGACGAAUUCUUAGAAGCUAAAGAAUUAGGUAUUCAAACUAGGCCCGUCUUAUUAGGCCCUGUUUCAUUCCUAUACCUGGGUAAAUCUGACAAGGAUUCCUUAGAUUUAAACCCAUUAUCUUUGUUGGAUAAAUUGCUACCAUUAUACGCAGAAAUUUUAUCAACAUUAAGCGCUGCUGGUGCCACCGACGUCCAAUUAGAUGAACCUAUUUUAGUCUUAGAUUUACCACAAGAAGUUUUAGCUGCUAUCAAGAAGGCUUACUCUUUCUUCGGUCAACAAACUAAAUUACCAAAGAUCACUUUGGCUUCUUACUUCGGUACCGUUCUUCCAAACUUGGACACUAUCAAGGGUCUACCUGUCGAUUCUUUACAUUUCGAUUUCGUUAGAGCUCCAGAACAAUUUGAAGAAGUCAUUUCUGCAGUCGGCCCAAAUCAAAAACUUUCCGUUGGUAUUGUCGAUGGUAGAAACAUUUGGAAAAACAAUUUCGCUAAAUCUUCUCAAUUCGUCAACAAGGCAAUUUCUAUCUUUGGUGCUGAUAGAGUCAUUGUAUCCACUUCUUCUUCUUUAUUACAUACUCCAGUUGAUUUAGCAAAUGAAAAAUCUUUAGACACUGAAUUGAAAAAUUACUUCUCUUUUGCUACUCAAAAAUUAGAUGAAGUUGUCACCAUCGCCAAACAUGUUUCAGGCGAAGAUGUGUCUGCUGCUUUGAAAUCUAAUGCAGAUGCCAUUGCUGCUAGACAAACCUCUACCAUCAUCAAUGAUGCUAAGGUCCAAGAUAGAGUUGCUUCCAUUGACAGCAAAAUGUCCACAAGAGCCGCCCCAUUCGCCGAAAGAUUAGCUGAACAAGAACCAAUCUUCAACUUACCAUUGUUCCCAACUACUACUAUCGGUUCAUUCCCUCAAACUAAAGACAUUAGAAUUAACAGAAACAAAUUCAACAAGGGUACCAUCUCCGCUGAAGAAUAUGAAGCCUUCAUUAAUUCCGAGAUUGAAAGGGUUAUCAGGUUCCAAGAAGAAAUCGAUCUUGAUGUCUUAGUCCACGGUGAACCAGAAAGAAACGAUAUGGUUCAAUACUUUGGUGAACAAUUAAAAGGUUACGCCUUCACUACUAACGGUUGGGUUCAAUCUUACGGUUCAAGAUACGUCAGACCUCCAAUUAUUGUUGGUGAUUUAUCUAGACCAAAGGCCAUGUCUGUUAAAGAAUCUGUUUAUGCUCAAUCUAUCACCAAGAAGCACGUCAAAGGUAUGUUAACUGGUCCAAUUACAUGUUUAAGAUGGUCUUUCCCAAGAGAUGACGUUGACCAAAAGACUCAAGCUUACCAAUUAGCCUUAGCUUUGAGAGACGAAGUCAACGAUCUAGAAGCCGCUGGUAUUAAGAUUAUUCAAGUCGAUGAACCAGCCAUCAGAGAAGGUUUACCAUUAAGAGCAGGUGCUGAAAGAUCUGACUACCAAGUCUGGGCUGCUGAAGCUUUCAGAAUUGCUACUUCUGGUGUCACGAACAAGACUCAAAUUCACUCCCAUUUCUGUUACUCUGAUUUAGAUCCAAACCAUAUUAAGGCUUUAGAUGCUGAUGUUGUCUCCAUUGAAUUCUCUAAGAAGGAUGAUGCUGGUUACAUUGCCGAAUUCAGAGACUACCCAAAUCAUAUUGGUUUAGGUUUAUUCGAUAUUCAUUCCCCAAGAGUCCCAUCAAAGGAGGAAUUCAUUACCAAGAUUGAAACUAUCUUGAAAACCUACCCUGCUCAAAAAUUCUGGGUUAAUCCAGAUUGUGGUUUGAAAACUAGAGGAUGGGAAGAAACCAGACAAUCAUUAACCAAUAUGGUUGCUGCUGCUAAGUAUUUCCGUGAACAAUAUAGGAAAUGA